AAAUUUAAAUGUGUAUGAUGUGUCCCCCAUUGUACUCACCAGCCACCACUAUUGUUAUAAAAUAGGCUGUAUAUGCGAAGUAACAAACAUAAUAACCUCACAUGCCAAGUGUUAACGCUGUUAUAUGAAUUAAGUCACACGUGAAGCAUUUACAGCUUCACACACUACCAUGCAGCACGUGUUGUCAACUGUCAGCCCCUAAUAAACCUCAGAGUGAUCACCAGUCAUCACAUUGCAGUUGCUAAAAGGUUUCUGUAUUUAAGUGGCAUUGGAAACACCGCUUCUUGUCCGGUCAGCAAAGUUAAGCAACGUUGGGUCUAGUUAGGACUUGGAUGGGUGACUGCCUGGCCCUAAGAACACCAGAUGCUGCUGGCAUAAGCACUCUACUGGAAACAAGUAUCUCAUGGCUUUGACAACUGUCCUUGAUCAAAUUGGUUGAAUAUCAAUCAUUAUUAGCAAAUAAGGGACAAGGUCAAUGAUGAAUAGAAUACGAACUGCAUCAGGUAGAGCUUUAAUAGCUCGACUUCAGAUUCGACCAUCUCUAAUCAAGCUUGAUCCCUGUCUGUUCCCUGGAGGUCCCCAACCAGGUGAAAUUAUUGAGGUCACAGGCAACACAAACUGCGGCAAGUCAUCACUCAGCCUCCGCCUGAUUGUCACAGUGCUUCUCCCUCACACUUGGAGAGGAAUGAACAUUGGAGGCUGUGAUGGAGGUGUAAUUUUUUUAGAUAGUGAUUUACACUUUAGUAUCUUGCAAUUGGAAAACAUGAUGCAGAGAAGAAUAAGAAGAUUUUUAAAAUUGAGCAAGGAUGCCAUAAAGAGCAAAAAAAAUGGUUAUGAAUUUGAUGAGGAACUAAUUGAUGAUGAUCAUAAAAUAAAAGAACUACUUCAUUCAGAUAAAGCAAGUUUAAAGACUGAAAUAGACAAUUUGAUUAAACAGUGUUUGAAAUCAUUCUUUUAUUUAAAAUGCACAGUUAGUUCACAAUUUGCUAUUACUUUAUUAUCCAUGAAUGAACUAAUAAUGAACAAAACCAAAGUUUCAUUGAUUGUGAUUGAUAGCAUCUCAGCUUACUAUUGGCAUGAUAAAACUUAUAGAGCAGAGUCAUGGUAUAAGCUUGAACAGUAUUAUAAUGGAAUAUUUAAAGUAUUUCUUAGUCAUGUUAAGAAUCACAAACUAGUGUUACUUUCCACAAGACAAUCACUUUUCCGGAAGGACUAUCAAAAGCACAGAUAUGUGCCAUGCAUGGAAGAAGAGGAAUCAGAAGUGGGUAUGAUUGAAUAUGAGUACCUGGGUAAACACUGGGCUAGUUUUGUAACUUGUCGAAUUCACUUAUCAAAACUCACCACUGUACCUGAAGAUGAUAUUACAAAAAAUGAUAUGAUUAGUGAUAAUUUAUUAUCAAAUUCAUCAAACUCUGUGACAGUUGGUAAUAAUGCAAACAAAUGUGAAGGUUCAGUGACACCUGAUGAUUAUAGGCAAAUGUUCUCUGCAGAAGUAAUUAAGAAUGAAAAGAAAACCAAGCUGGUAUUUACAAUCCAUGAAGAUGGACUGAGAUGGAGACCACAGUCAUAAAAAUUGUAAAGCAUAUUUUAUUUAUUUUUUAAUUGGAUCUUAUGUACUAAUACAAUUACAGUAUACUGUUAGCUUUUAAUUUUAGGUAGCCAUACUUUCAGAAUUAUAAUACAAUACUGUACAGUACUGUAUAUGCUACUAUAUAGUAAAGUGUUUUAUAACAGGAACAUUCAUAUUUUUCAUGUGUUAUGAUUUUACAUAAAAUAUAUAAUUUGGUUUUCACUUUUUCUUAAGAAUUAAUAUUUCAUUUUAAUCAAAUGUGACACUGUAUACAAAGUUGUUUUACCUUGGUUACUUGGUGAAAAUAAGAGAGGUGAUUUUUCAAGACUGUUGAUAUCAAGUUAGUGGACCAGUAAGUACAGUAAUCAUCAAAGCUCAUAAGGACAUUGGAAAAUGAUUUGCAUUUCAUUGAGCAUUGAUUUAAAAUGUUGGUAUGGCAUACAUCUGUACAGUACUGUAUAUGGAUGUGAGGGAGGCUGGAUGUGAAUGCUUCAUCAUUCAUGUCGUAUAUGGCUAUAGACAGAGCUGGAGAUGAUUGAAAUGAACCUUACAAAUGUGGGAGCAGCACUCUGUGAGGAUGAGCUAAGCUUCUGUAAGGCUUUGAAGUUAAGAGGGGGAAAAGAGAUUUUUUUUUUUUUUUUUAAGGUACAAGUGACCUUUUUUUUAUAUACAUUACUGUAUUAGGAAAUAUUUUGGGGAAGGUACAACAGAAUAUUGAUGCUGGAAAGAAUUAUGGGAUUGUUGCUGGACACAAGAAGUGAUUGAAUAAUGUCUGCUGUAGCAGAGAUGGUUAAGACCCUUAAAGACCCACUAGUCCCCAACACGGGCAUAUUGUGGCAAUAAAACACUUACUAUAUUUAAAAAAAUCCAUUAUCACCUUGUAAAUGGGUAAUUCAAUUCCUGUAUAAUAAAAAAAUUACUGUACUUA